AUGAGUGAGCAGGGCUCUGGGUGGACAGCUGAGGCUGCCACCGAGGUGGUCUCCAGCCAAGCUGCCUGGAGGAGCGCAUCCAUCGCAGAAGGCCAGACGGCGGGGCUCUGUUUGGCCGGAGAGGAGCAGGCCCGUCCAAGGGGACCCUGCCCAGGAGUGCGGCCGGGGCAGGGGAGUGUGGGGACUGUGGAGAGAGGGUCGGAGGGGUGCGGUGUGGUUUCUAGGAGCUCCUGUAGCCCAUCCUUGCCUCCUUCACGCCGGUGUUGGAGCCGGCUCCCCUGUGUGUUCCUCGACUCUGCGUUGCUGAGCUCCAGCUCUAGGAAACGCUCUGGUUACACCGAGGGCAAGUCCUUCUGGUCUUCAGAUCCAGGUGUUCCCUCUCCCCAGGAACCCUGGAUCAAUAUACCCACUGUGGUAGCUCUGAGAUUUUCCUGGGGAAUCAUGCAAAACCAAAGUUUUGUAAGUGAAUUUGUUCUCCUAGGGAUUUCACAAAACCCUGAUGUUCAGAAAGUAUUAUUUGUUUUUUUUCUAUUGGUCUACCUUGCAACGGUCUGUGGCAACCUGCUAAUUGUGGCGACCAUCCUUAAUAGCCCAGCACUUGUGGGCUCCCCAAUGUACUUCUUCCUGGCUUCCCUGUCCUCCCUGGAUGUGUGUGUCUCCUCUGUUGUUGCCCCUAAGAUUAUUGUUGACCUUGUCUCUGAGAAGAAAACCAUCUCAUUCGCAGGCUGUAUGAUACAGAUCUUUUGUUUUCAUUUUUUUGAUGGUGCAGAGGUGAUUAUCCUCACAGCCAUGGCCUUUGACAGGUAUGUGGCCAUCUGCAAGCCUCUGCAUUAUACUACAAUCAUGAACUCAAGGCUCUGUAACAUUCUGGUGGGGAUAGCCUGGGGAGGGGCCUUUCUGCAUUCCAGUAUACAAAAUGCCUUUGCUUCCCAACUACCUCUGUGUGGCCCCAACAUCAUCAAUCAUUUCAUGUGUGACUUGUACCCAUUAAUGAAGCUUUCCUGUGCUAACACUUAUAAAUUUGGCAUAAUGGUGGCAGCCAACAGUGGACUUUUUUGCAUCGCGAUCUUCUCCAUGUUGCUUGUGUCCUAUGGUGUCAUCCUGUUCUCCCUAAGAGGACACAGCACUGAAGGAAAGAGGAAAGCUCUCUCCACCUGUGGAUCCCAUAUUGCUGUGGUGGUUUUAUUCUUUGGUCCAUGUGUAUUUGAAUAUGCACGUCCUCCACUUGUUUUCAGCUUUGACAAAAUGCUGGGCAUAUUCUACAUCGUGCUAACUCCUCUGCUGAAUCCUGUAAUUUAUACUUUCAGAAAUAAGGAAGUCCAGAAUGCCAUAAGAAAAUUUUGGAAUACCUCGAUAGCAAAACUUUGUAAAAAGUAG